AUGGCUGCUCCCCAAAACCAAGGCACACCUACUUUCAAAUUGGUGCUUGUUGGUGAUGGUGGUACAGGCAAGACCACUUUCGUCAAACGCCAUCUUACUGGUGAAUUCGAGAAAAAAUACAUUGCCACACUUGGCGUCGAAGUCCACCCUCUCGGCUUCACUACGAACCUGGGUCCCAUCCAGUUCGAUGUGUGGGAUACCGCCGGCCAAGAGAAAUUCGGUGGUCUCAGAGAUGGUUACUACAUCAAUGGCCAGUGCGGUAUUAUCAUGUUCGACGUUACUUCGCGUAUCACGUAUAAAAAUGUUCCCUCCUGGCACCGCGAUUUGACCCGCGUCUGCGAGAAUAUCCCAAUCGUCCUCUGUGGCAACAAGGUCGAUGUUAAGGAACGUAAAGUUAAGGCUAAGACGAUUACUUUCCACCGCAAGAAGAACCUCCAAUACUACGAUAUCUCUGCCAAGUCCAACUACAACUUCGAAAAGCCAUUUUUGUGGCUCGCUAGAAAACUUGUUGGUAACCAGACUCUGGACUUUGUUGCCGCACCCGCCCUCGCUCCUCCUGAAGUUGAAGUUAACCAUGCUCUCCUCGAGGAACAGCGGCUGGAGAUGGAACGGGCUGCUCAGAUGCCUUUGCCUGAUGAAGAAGAUGGUGACUUGUAA